CACAAUCCCCUGUCACAAGUGUUUUCACAUGUGAGUAUCAAACAUGGCGAGAUUUCUGAGGCCGACGGUUCGGAGUUUUGUCACCUCACAGCUGAGAAAGUCAUCCGACCAGCUAGGUGAGCUGGGAAAAGGUGCAGGAAAAGGUGGUGGCGGUGGAGGGUCCAUCAGAGAGGCCGGUGGGGCCAUGGGGAAGAAGCAGGCGGCUGAGGAGGAGAUGUACUUUAAGCGUAAGGAGCGGGAGCAGCUGGAUGCAUUGAAGCAGCAUCACCAGGAGGAAAUCGAUCACCACAAAAAGGAGAUUGAACGUAUGCAACGUGAGAUCGACCGCCACAAGGGAAAAAUCAGGAAGUUGAAGCACGACGACUGAGUAAAACCCUCCUAAGGAAACCAGAAUCAGUAUUCUCACCAAUCCAACCAGACACCUCCAAUACUUACUCAGCUGCAUGCAUUGUAUCACCUCGACGGACAUCAAUGUAAAGGAAAUUGUUCUGUAAAUGCUUGAGAGUUAUUAAAACUGUUCAUAGAGUUA